AUGGUAAGUGAAAUUGAGGGAAAUGCAGUUGCCGAAGAAUUUGUCAAUGAGAAAAUAAAAUCAGCAAGUUCUAAGCUAAGUGCUGAGUUGAUGAGAGAAAAGACCAAUCCGCCGAGACCAGGGGAGAGGAAAUUAUCAGGUCGCGACAAAUUCCCACAACCGAAGAUACAGAAGGUUCCUCAGGUGCUUAGAGAUGAACAGAAGAGCUUGGAGAUGCUCUACGACCCAAAGUGGAUAUCAAUAGGCCCUAUUCACCAUGGCAACCCCAAAUUCCGGCUUGCAGAGAAACAUUUCAAGUUUCUCUUCGCAGCGAAGUUCGUCGAAAACAGCGGCCACCAAUCCUACGACCACCUUUACAGAAAAGUAAUGGAAAGAAUUGAACUGCUGAAGCAAUGUUUCGAUGAAGAGGUGCUCGAAGAGUAUUAUCGUGAAGAUGGCAACGAUGAUGAGGCCUUGGGGUGGAUGUUGUUCUUGGAUGGAUGUUUUACACUCCAAUUCAUUUACAGCACUAUGAAUGGUGAGCUGAGAAAUUUUGAGAUUAAAAAUGACCAGGUUGCUUUUGUGUUACACGAUUUUUUCUUGCUAGAGAAUCAAAUCCCAUACCUUGUCCUGAAACUGUUGAUGGACAAUUCGAAAAAGGAAUUCUCUAAGGAGUUGCAGGGCUCGAUCAUGCUGCAGUUUGUUAGUUUGAAUGUUUUGACACCUGAGAAGUAUCGCAAGCCUACGAUGGUCCCUCCAAAGGAGAUGCCAGUUCAUCUUCUUGAUUUUCUACGCUUGGCACUCCUUCAACAAUCUUAUCAUUACGGUAGUAGUGAUGAAGCCCGGGGGUGGAGAGCAAAACAACAAACUUUUCGCAGUGUGAUGGAUCUUAAGGCAGCCGGAAUCAACUUAAAACAGAACAAGAGUGGCUCUUUAAAAGACAUAAAAUUUUCGUCGAGUCUCUUCUCAGCUGAACUAGAACUUCCACCAAUAAUAGUAGAUGACUCAAUGGCUCCUAAAUUCUUGAACCUGAUCGCCUUUGAAAUGUGUCCAGACAAUACCAAGACCGAGUACGAAAUCUCAUCUUACAUAUUGUCAGGUCCCGACCAGUGA